CAGGCGUCCUAAUGAGCGGUUGCCCAAACGAAAGAUGGCCCUGCAGGCGCAGGGUCUUACCAUAAAGAGUUACCAUAGAGACUGAGGCCUAGAAGAGCCCCGAGUGGGAGUCUGUAGGCGGGACAAACGCCCUGUCAACCGGCUUCCGUCCAGGAAGCUCGGGGCGGGGCCUGCGCUUGCGCGAAGAUGGUGGCAGAAGAGAGUCUCCGCGUGGUUCGCUGUGGCGGCAGCGAAUUGAACUUCAGGAGAGCGGUGUUCUCUGCGGAUUCUAAGUAUAUCUUCUGUGUCUCUGGAGACUUUAUCAAAGUUUUUAGCACAGCUACAGAAGAAUGUGUACACAUUUUGCAAGGGCAUAGAAAUCUGGUAACUGGAAUCCAGCUCAACCCCAGCAACCAUCUACAGCUCUAUUCUUGUUCCUUUGAUGGCACGAUUAAACUGUGGGACUAUGUAGAUGGCAUUCUGAUAAAGACUUUCAUAGUUGGAUGUAAACUCCAUGCCCUCUUUACUCUUACGUAUACUGAGGAUUCUGUCUUUGUUAUAAUAAAUAAAGAAAAACCAGAUGUGUUUCAGCUGGUUUCAGUGAAACUACCAAAAUCAUCAAGUCAGGAAGUGGAAGCUAAGGAGCUUUCCAUUGUUUUGGAUUACAUAAACCAGUCACCCAAGUGCAUUGCCUUUGGAAAUGAGGGAGAAUAUGUUGCUGCAGUACGGGACUUUUACUUGUCUGUUUAUUUUUUCAAAAAGAAAACAACAUCAAGAUUUACUUUAUCAUCAUCCAAAAGUAAGAAACAUGCUAAGAACAAUUUUACAUGUGUAGCAUGUCACCCAAAGGAAGAUUGCAUAGCAACUGGUCACCAGGAUGGCAAAAUUCGUCUUUGGAGGAAUUUUGAUGAUGAAAAGAAAUAUACAUACACAUGUUUACAUUGGCACCAUGACUUGGUUAUGGAUUUGGCCUUUUCAGUGACAGGCAGCAGUCUUCUGAGUGGUGGCCGUGAAUCUGUCCUCGUGGAGUGGCGCGAGGUGACAGAGAAGAAUAAGGAGUUCCUCCCCCGUUUAGGAGCUACUAUUGAACAUAUCUCAGUAUCUCCAGCAGGGGAUUUGUUCUGUACUUCACACUCCGAUAACAAGAUAAUAAUUAUUCAGCGAAACCUUGAGGCAUCCGCAGUAAUUCAAGGCCUAGUGAAAGACAGCAAAAUCUUGACUGGUUUGAUGAUUGAUCCAAGAACUAAAGCUUUGGUUUUGAAUGGGAAACCUGGCCACUUGCAGUUUUAUUCUCUUCAAAGUGAUAAACAGUUAUACAAUUUAGAUAUUAUACAGCAAGAAUAUAUCAAUGAUUAUGGUCUGAUCCAAAUUGAGCUAACAAAGGCUGCAUUUGGCUGCUAUGGUAAUUGGCUCGCAACGGUGGAACAACGUCAAGAAAAGGAAACUGAGCUUGAAUUGCAAAUGAAACUGUGGACAUAUAAUAAAAAAACACAAGGGUUUGUUCUUAAUACAAAAGUUAGCAUGCCACAUGAAGACCACAUCACAGCUCUCUGUUUCUGUAAUGCAGAAAAAUCUGAAAAUCCCACUUUGGUUACAGCAAGUAAAGAUGGUCACUUCAAAGUAUGGAUAUUAACAGAUGAUUCUGAUAUAUAUAAAAAGGCUGUUGGCUGGACCUGUGAUUUUGUGGGCAGUUAUCACAAAUACCAAGCAACUAACUGUUGUUUCUCUGAAGAUGGCUCUUUACUAGCAGUUAGUUUUGAGGAGAUAGUUACAAUAUGGGAUUCAGAGACAUGGGAGCUUAAAUGUACAUUUUGUCAACGAGCAGGGAAAAUAAGGCACCUUUGCUUUGGGAGAUUGACUUGUUCAAAAUAUCUUCUUGGUGCCACUGAAAAUGGCAUUCUCUGUUGUUGGAAUCUGCUCAGUUGUGCAUUGGAAUGGAGUGCAAAAUUAACUGUUAGAGUUAUGGAACCUGAUCCGAAUUCCGAGAAUAUUGCUGCAAUCUCUCAGUCUUCUGUGGGUUCAGACUUGUUUGUAUUUAAACCUAGUGAGCCAAGGCCAUUGUAUAUUCAAAAGAAUAUCUCCAGAGAGGAAGUCCAGUGGGGAGUGUUUGUCCCACGAGAUGUCCCCGAAUCAUUCACCUCAGAAGCUUACCAGUGGCUGAACAGAUCCCAGUUUUACUUCCUAACAAAAUCACAGAGUUUAUUGACACUCAGUACAAAAUCUCCAGAAGAAAAGCUCACACCAACAAGCAAACAGCUAUUAGCAGAAGAAAGUCUUCCAACAACCCCAUUCUAUUUCAUAUUGGGUAAGCACAGACAGCAACAGCAAGAUGACAGAGUAAAUGAAGCUUUGGAGAAUGAACUCGUACAACUACCCUUAACAGAAAAUAUACCUGCAAUUAGUGAGCUUCUUCACACUCCAGCCCAUGUCCUACCAUCUGCUUCUUUCCUGUGCUCCAUGUUUGUAAAUUCGUUGCUGUUGUCUAAGGAGACUGAGAGUGCUAAAGAAGCUCCUGAUGAUGUAGAUAUGGAAGAAGAAAAAGAAAGUGAUGAUUCAGAUGAAGAAAACAAUUACACUGAAAAUGUCCAGGAUACAAAUAACACCGAUUUGGGAGAAGACAUUAUACAUCAGUUGUCAAAAUCCGAAGAAAAGAAGCUGAGAAAAUUUAGGAAAGUAGACUAUAGCUGGAUAACUGCCCUUUAAGUCUUGCGGAAUGGGGAGAGGGAAGGUUUUUGCACGUUCGUUUUUGUGGGGGUUUUUUCGUUUUUUUUUUUUAAUUGUAUGUUGAUAGUCCAGAAAUCUAUUUUAAUGUUAUUUCUGUUCUUAAGGUGUUAAAUAUAGACAGGCUUUAUUUUUUAAAUAACUGCUAAUAUAAAACUAUAUUUACAUCAUGUUUUAUACUUGCUGCAUACUUCAUUUAUACAUCAUUCCAUUUUUCUUUAAAGUAGCUAUUUUCUUCAUAGGUGAUUUAGCAGAGGUGGGACUUGAAUUUACACAGCCUAAGUCCCCUUAUCUGUAAUUUGGAGAUAUAGGAUGUUUGGAAAGUCAAAAUUUUGUUGGUGAUACUGUUUUUAAGUUCAAUCUAAUUUUCAUGACAGCCUUGGCAGAUAAGAAGAGCUGGUAUUACUCCGGGGCAGUGUUAAGCCUUUGUAUAGCGAGUCUAAUAACAACUACUUUUUAACCACAGUCCCAUUGGUAGUAGAAAAGAAUGCAAGAUUCUUUUGUAUUACCUUAAAGUAAUAAAGUUGAACAUUUUCAUCACCCCAAAAGUCAGUCCAUUACCAAGCACUUCCCAUUACUCCCAAUCUACCCCACCCCACGCCCUAGCAACCACUAAUAUUUCUGUCUCUAUAGAUUUGCCUACUCUGGACAUUUCAUAUAAAUAGUAUAUAAUAGGUGGUCUUUGAGACAGGGUUCUUUCACUUGGCAUUCAUGCUAUAGCAUGUAUCAGUACUUUAUUUCAUUAUAUUCAUUUUGCCUGGUUCUAUACCUAGGAGCCAGGAGUACUGGAUCACUUAACUAUAUUUAACUUUUGGGAAAAAAAAUUACAAAAAUGUUUUACAAAUGAGCUGCACCAUCUUACAUUAUUUACAUUAUGUGGGACAUAAAUUGUUCCACAUUCUGAUCCAUUGUGUUUAGAUCUUUUGCAGGAUUAAUUUUUGAGGCCAGUGUUUGAGGUUCCGGGGAAGACUCUGGCUGUCUGGUUCUUUUAUGGAAUUAAUUGCUUACCACCAAAAUCUCCAUUGUUUUCAAGGAUACCCUUAGGCUUGAACUUCAUUCUCUAUUUCAAAUAAUGCCAGAGCUCUCUGUUCUUAUGGAUAGGAAACUCUGGUCUUUGUCAUGGAACCUCUACGUUAACAAGCUGGGGCAAGGACAGCCAGAAAUCCCAUGUUGUCAACCUGGGGAAUCAGGCUGACAUAGUUACAAAUCAUUAUUUUGCAAUAUUUAGACACUAACAUGGUAUGUGAUACUUCUCAUUUAAGAAAUUCUUAUUUUUUGCAGUUACAUAUGAAAGGUUUCAUGCUUUCAAAGCAAAUUCCUUAAAUUUGGAACUUCAUUAUUUCUUCUUUAAAUAAUUAUUAUAUAAUCUGAACAAUUGUAAAUGUGGAUUUUUCUGGGUUGAUCUCUGUUACAGUAAAAAUGGAAACCUUGCUAUUACUCUAAUUCUCCUCCAUUACUUUAAAAAUUCUUUCUCAGAUCUAGCUAUAUAGAUAAAAGGUAAUAGCCACUUUAUUUUAAAUCUGUACUUCUAUCCAGCAGAUCUGUAGUGCUGACACUCAGUUUCUCCCCUAUGAUAGGACCAGUUUUCAUAUAGGAAGCAAAUCCAUAAAGAUAUUCACCUUCUACCCCUCUGUCAUUUAUGUAAUUUAUCCGUCAAGGCACAGACCCAUUACUUUGUGCUCUCAUACAGCCUAUACUUUAGGAAGUAGACAGUCUCAGCCUGACAGGGGGAUGGACCACAUGUAUUUUACACACAUCACCCUUUGACUACAACAACUCCAUGUCAGAUGUUUACCCCAAUUUGGCAAAUAUGGAAAACUGGCUCCAUAGAAAGCAAGUAAGUUAUAAUUAAUUAGGUCUUGUAAAUGGCACUGAUUUUUCUGUAAAGCUACUUUAUCUGAACUACAGAAAAUUGUUUUUUCCUGUUAGCUUUAUGUGUGCUGCUGAUAACCCAUGAAAAUGGCAACAUUAUCUUAAAACACUAAAGUCAAGAUUCUCUAUCACCACACAAUCCCAAAUGAAAUGGUUAAAGAUAAGACCCAGGAAGUAUUUAUGACCUCAGGAAGAUUAUUUAUCAUUGAGAUGAAAUAGAAAUGGAAGAAACUGGGAUUUGCUAGGAUACCAUGGAAAAGGGGAUGUGAGUAGAAUAUGGUCCACCAGAAAGAUGCAAUCAGUGAUUAAUUGCUCAGUUGCUUUGUUUUCUAAAACCAUAAGCAAAUCCACUUACUUAAUCUCCAAGUUACAGUUCAUACGUCUAAACUGCAUACUUAGACAAAAUGACCUUCUAACUCUAAUACUCUGACCACAAAACUGUAAUGCCAGGCUGGUGUAUUAUAGCCCACACUCCCCCCUCACACCCCAGAAUACCAAGGAUCUGGUCUUGUACUCAACUUGUGGCACCUGUAUAUAAACAUAGAGAGAUAUACUUAUUCUAGCUCCCUCAGACAUGACAUCCCCCUGGCUUGGAGACUCCUCUGUAGAUCAGAGCACUUAGUUCACAAAAUGAAACAAUCAGACAUCAAAGCACACCAGGUUCCUCCCAUUGUGUUUUGAUACUCCUUGUUAUUCAGUGGUCACCUACUUUAAGGACAAAUGAAAGUCCUCUGAAAAUAAGCACUUUAAAAAUGCAAAUAUUAAUAUUAUAUUUUAGCUCACAUGGGAAAGUAAAUUUUGUUCCCUCAGAAAUGCCUGUCUGCAC